GGCGGUGCCCGCCGACAGGACCGAGGGCUCCUCUGUAAAGAAUCGCACACUCAGGCAGCACGCUGAUAGUUAUGUGCGGCUUCAAGCUGCUGUGUAUUUGAAUACAUAUUUGUGUAUAUACAUUUGAAUUUCAGCCGACAGUGGUAACGGUGACACUGCUUGUUUCUUUCUCAACAGAUCCUGCGGUUUUUAGUGUCUUUCGUAUUCCCAGAUAAAGACAAGUAUGGUAAGAAAAUCUUGGUAGGUGCUAAUUCCUUUUGGAAAACUGAGCGUAUGGGAUUAAACCGGAGGAAAUCUAUACCAGUUUCAGGGUGAGGGUUACCUAAGUGACAAGUGACCCCGAAGCCGUGCAGCUGAGGUGGGGGGGCCCCUCUGGAGAUCCCCGGUCCCCUGCACUUACAGGGUCACCCACAACGGCUGCCCUGAACUGCAUCCCGUUGGGUUUUGAAUAUCUCCAUGGAUGAAGACUCCAAAACCCCUCUGGGCAACCUGUGCCAAGUUGGAGUUUAAAGCAAAAAAUUUUACCAGCAAAAAUGGACUAUGACCCAAGUAACACACUGCAUUGGCUGUGUAAGAACCCCCCUCCCAGACACACAGAAGCUGCUGUGGGGGUGUUUCCUCAGGGUCCUCCUGUGGAGCAGCCACAGCCACCGCCCCGAUGGUCCAUUGGGGUCUGCUCUGCCCCAUGUUGGCUCCCCACCACCCCCACAGUGGGCUCAGUGGUGGUGGAAGAAUGGGUGACGGGACUGCUGCUGGCUUGCGCUCUGUGCGUGGCACCCAAAGGUGCCUGCUCCCGCAGGGCUUGCGUGCUCCAAGGGUUCAUCUCUGGGAGCAGUCCGUCCAAAGGAGAUGGAGACUCAGCUCUGGGAGAAAUGGCUCCAUGCAAUAGAAGAAACGCAUUGCAUGAUCUCAUAGGUUUUUGCCUCUCAGAUGCUCUCUGUCUUGAGGUGAAAAUACCUGUCUUCCACCACUCUCGUUUUCUAGAGGGGGAGUGCAAAAGGACACCUGAGGGUGUGCUUGAGAAGAAUGGUCAUGGAGUCCACACCGACGCCAACAGAACUACCUAUGUCGGCAGCUGGAAAAAUGACAAGAUGAAUGGUACUGGAAGACUAGAACAUCCUUCUGGGGCAGUUUAUGAAGGCAAGUUCAAAGCCAACAGGUUUCACGGGGCUGGAACCUACACAUUUCCAAAUGGAGCAAAGUACAUUAGACCAUUCAAUGAAAACGAGAUGGAAAGUGAAGGAGACUUUAUAGAUAAAUGGAGUGGCACAUUUCAUGGCUCAGCAGCAGCGGGACUAAAGCAGAAGUUGAAAAUGUAG